AGUAUAGCCAUGAUGAACGUUUUACUGACUUGAUCCCUACCUAUCAUUCACGUUCCGGCGCUUCAAUACUAAUGAGUACAGUGUCUAAAGUAAUGAUCAGUGUACCGAGAUUUUUUUUAGUAAAUCGACAAUUAUUAUUUGCCACGAUGUUGUUCUAUUUAUUUGUGAUUUUAUUUGCCAGUGCUCUUGUUCAGGCAGCGCCAACAGAAUUGACAAUAACGGAUUUGAAAGGAGUAAUUGAAGAGGUGACCACAUUGAGACCAUCGACUGUUAAUGAAACAGUUUAUUUAGAUGCAAAAGCCUCUCAAGCUCUUGGCAGUCCAUUAGAAUCUGCUGGCACGUCUAAAAACGUUUCUAGAGAAAUUAUAACAGGAUCGCCUGAAGCAUCAAGAGCCACCAACAUAACUGACACUGACACAAUUAUACCUGUAGAUACAGUGACUCCUGUCGGCGAGCCCAUUGUCUCGGCUUUGAAGAUCAAUGCAGUUGGCGAAACUAUUAUUAGUACCACAGAAAUACCCCAAGCUUCAACUACCACGUCAAGUAUAACAGUUGUCGGAAUGGCCGACGAAUUAACUACGGGUGCUGAAAUUACUUCUACAACGUUUAACUCGGUUGAAGAUGAUGGUGUCAGUGCUCUUACACUAGAAUUUACUACAGAAGCUCAAGUAUUUAGUACUGCUACAACACCAAUUACAGAUGAUAUAAUUAGUACUUGGACACGUGAAACAACUACGGAAUCAUUAAUUGAUUCAACAACAUCGAUUAAAUCAGCGAUAGAUGAGUCAACUAGUACUGUAACGCCAGAAAUAACUAAAAGUGCACCGACUACAGAAACUGAAAUAAGUAGUACUACAACACCAACUACAAAUGAUGAAAUUAGUACUUUGACGCCUGAAAUAACUACAGAAUUAUUUUUUAUUUUAAUAACACCAAAUGAAUUGACUUCAGAUGGUAUAACUACUACUUUAACACCCGAAAUAAUGACAGAUCCACCAACUACAGAAUCUCAAAUAAGUAGUACCAUAACACCAACUGUAAAUAAUGAAAUUAGUACCCUGACACCAAAAAUAACAACGCAAUCAUUCUUUAUUUCAACAACAUCAAGUGAAUUGACUAAAGAUGGUAUAACUACUACUUUAACACCCGAAAUAAUUACAGAUCCACCAACUACAGAAUCUCAAAUAAGUAGUACCAUAGCACCAACUGUAAAUAAUGAAAUUAGUACCCUGACACCAAAAAUAACAACGGAAUCACUCUUUAUUUCAACAACAUCAAGUGAAUUGACUAAAGAUGGUAUAACUACUACUUUGACACCUGAAGUCACUACAGAGUCAUUCUUCGUUUCAAAAACACCAAUUGAAUCGACUACAGAUAGUACAACUACUACUUUGAUACCUGAAAUGAUUACAGAUCCACCAACUACACAAACUGAAAUAAGUAUUACUACAACACCAACUACAAAUGAUGAACUAAGUAUUUUAACGCCAGAAACAACUACUGAAUCAUUCUUCGUGUCAACAACACCAAAUGAAUUGACUAAAGAUAGUACAAGUACUACUUUAACACCUGAAAUAAUUACCGAUGCCCCAACUACAGAUGAUAAAAUUAGUACUGUAAUACCAGAAAGAACUACAGAAUCAUUUAUUGCUUCAACGACACCAUUCGAAUCAAUUACAGAUGGUGUAUUUAGUACUUUAACGCCAGAAUCAUUCCCUGUUCCAACAACACCAAUUGAAUCAACUACAGAUGGUAUAACUUUGACUACUACUUUGACAUUUGAAACAACUACAGAUGCACCAACUUCAGCAUUUCUAGCUAUCAAUACGACACUGAACCCAGCUACUAUUGGUGUAAUCAGUACUUCAACAGUAGAAACAUCAACUACUGAAGAAACUGAAGUACAAACCGAUGAAAAUACAACUACUGCAUACAUCUUUUACACCAGUCAGUUUGUUCUGAAACACGAAACACCGGAAUAUUGCAACUGGUAUCAAAUUAAUUGCAACAAUUAUCUCAAUCAUCAAAGUUUCUGUACAUACUUAUUGGUAGGGGAUUGUAAUAACUUUAAAGCUUAUCAAAUUUGGCCUAUUAAACAAUUGGUUCGAUCGUUCACAUAUUUUCCAUACACAUUUAAUUACCAGUAUGUUUAUAAGGAACAACGUUCCUACGGAUGUAAUUUAUAUCGAGUUAAAUGCGAACACUACUAUUUUGUUAAUAUAAAAACUGAACACUGUAAUCAUGAAUACGUUGGUGAAUGUUCUAAUUAUCAAAUGAUUCAUGUCAUUAAUUCUUCAUUCUAU